AUGUCCUACCCCCAGCGUUCUACCCGGCUUGAGUUUCUUGGCUUCCCCCCCGGCUACGGUCCUUGGACUUAUCGUGCUAUCCCAGAACCUUUGAUCUCAUCCGAGCUUGCACGUCUGGCUUCUGCACACGUCAUCAACAGUAAAACAACCACGACGGGUUGUGUCUCCCUCCAGCCAAGCCCAGAUCCAGACGACCGCUCCCAGGAUCGCUUUGUCGUCCUGGACUGGGACGGAUGGUUGUUUUCUGCUGUGUUUGACGGCCACGGAGGGGAAGAGGCUGUAGACUACGUCGUUCAGGAGCUCCCCUCAUUAAUCUACGCAGCUCUCGCCAAGGCUCUGGCCGAUGCAGGCACCACACCCCCUGCACCCUCGACCGUCUCCACCCUUCUGCAGUCUUCUAUCCGAGCUGUUGAUGACGCCCUAACCGACAGAGUCAAACACCUCUUCCCUGAUGAAGCAACGCUCGCUGUCCUCACAGACGAGCAAAUCAAGUCCACAAUUAACGGCCCCACAAACCCCAACAAUCUUGCCAUCUUGCGGUGCAUGCGUGGUACAACUGCCCUCGUUUCGCUCGUGGACCCAAAGAAGGAGAACCUCUGGGUAGCCAGCCUAGGUGAUUGUCAGGCUGUGCUCGGAGCUAAAAACUCCAAUGGUACAUGGGAUGCGACGAUCCUCAGUGUAAACCACAGUGGCAAGAACCCGGCCGAGGUCGCGCGCAUCCGCAAAGAACAUCCAAACGAAUCUGAAUGCAUCAAGUUCGACAGAGUUCUCGGCGCAAUCGCCGUCACACGAGCCAUCGGAGACCACAUCUUCAAACUCCCUGUGUCCUACACUAGACGAGUUUUCAUGAACUGCGUCCCCGGCUUUUCCGUCUCUUCCAAACUUGAACAUUUCCUCCCGCAUAACAAAUCGCCGCCCUACCUGUCCGCUCUUGCGGACAUUAAACAUGUCGCUCUCCAGCCAUCCACAACUAACACAUCUGAAUCAUUCUUGAUCUUGUGCUCAGAUGGCCUCGUAGAUCUAUAUGAACAUACGAAUGCACGGAGACCUACCUUGGAGGAGAUUCUCACACAAUGGGUCCAUAUACUCGGCGAGCGUAUGGACAGGAGAGGUGCCAAGGUCAGCGAUGGGGCGGACAAGGAGAACGCAGCACUAGUGCUGCUGAGACACGCGCUAAUGGCCGGAGGGGCGGAUAACCCGGACCGUCUCGCGCAGAUGCUCACAGUAGAGAUACCCUGUCGGUGGAUGGAUGAUACAACCGUGCUUGUCCAGACCCUUUAA